AUGGGGCAUAGCAAGCAUCGAAGCUGCACCCUGAAUUGGGACAGUCUGAACAUCCUGGUUGUGGCCUCACGAGAGCUGGACGGGCCGUUCACCAUGGCCGAGGUCUGGGCGGCGACCCUCGCGUCUCCCACGGAAAAGGCCCCGGGCCCGGACGGCUUCACUGGGCAGUUCUAUCGCUCAUGUUGGCCGAUCAUCAAGGAGGAGGUCAUGGCGGUAUUUAACAAGUUCUAUCAGAUGGCAAGGAGUAAUCUCGUCGAGUUGAAUUCUGCGCUCAUUGCCCUGUUGCUGAAGAAAAAUGGUGUGUCAGAGAUCAGUCAUUACAGACCCAUCAGUCUGAUUCACUCCAUGGCAAAGUUAAUCUCCAAACGCAUGGGUUUCUCGCAGCGUUGGAGAAACUGGGUAGCCUUGCUCCUCUCCUCUGCAACCUCUUCCUGCCUACUGAACGGGUCACCGGGGCCAAGCUUCUUUCACGUCUGCGGGCUCAGGCAGGGAGACCCGCUCUCGCCGCUGUUGUACGUCCUUGCGAUUGAUCCGCUAUACCGUCUGCUGGACGCGGCCACGACAAGAGAGUUGAUUGCGCCGGUACCAGGGUGCGGGGCAAGCAUGCGGGUGAGUCUAUAUGCGGACGACACAAUAAUCUUCGUCAAUCCAACCAAAGAAGAGAUCACCACCUUGCUGGGGCUGCUGCAUUCUUUUGAAGAGGCCACGGGGUUAAAGCUGAAUCAAGCAAAAUCUUUAGGUAUCCCGAUGAACUGUGAUGGCCAACUACUGACAGAGGUUUUGCAAGGGUUUGGAGGAUCGAUCGCGAGCUUCCCCACGACCUACCUGGGUCUACCACUUUCCCCCAAGAGGCUGCGAUUAGUGCAAUUCUAA